AUGUUUUCAAGUGACACGAUCUUGGGGAUUUUCCUCACAUCUGAGUUCUACAUUGGCUUCACAGGGAACUCGAUGCUCUUCCUGUCACAUGUGUACAUCUUCUUAGCUCAGCAUUAUCUGAAAAAACCCAUAGAUGCGAUUUUCAUGCACCUAACAAUGGCUAAUACUUUGACAAUUGUCUUCUUGUUGAUACCUUAUAUUGCAUCAUCCUUUGGAGUGAGACGUUUUCUCAAUGAUGCUGGUUGCAAGGCAGUCUUGUAUAUCUACAGAGUUACCCGGGGUCUUUCCAUCUCUACUACCUCUAUUCUGAGUGCAUUUCAAGCCAUCACCAUCAGUCCCAGUAACUCUAAGUGGGCAUGGCUGAAACCUAGACUCUCUACAUGGAUCUUUCCUUCUUUCUUUUUCUCCUGGGUCAUCAACAUGCUCGUUUACAUACAGGUCAUUCAUCUUGUAAUAGCCAAGAACAAUGCCAGUCAUGCUGGCCAGGGAUAUAUUCACACUUUCUGUAAGACCAGGAUGUCUAGGGAUGAAAAUUCAUUGCCAUUUUUCAUUGUCAUAUUGACUCGAGAUCUCCUCCUUGUGGUCCUCAUGAUGUCAUCCAGCCUCUACAUGGUGAAUCUCCUUCUCGCACAUCAUAGGAGAAUCCAGCAUGUCCACAGCCAGAGCCUCUCCUCCCAGUCAUCUCCUGAAACCAAAGCCACUUACAGCAUCCUUUUGCUGGUAAGUUGCUUUGUGUUCUUUUAUUGGUUGAGUAAUUUUAUCAUUCUGUAUGGAUUCUAUAUACCUGAGAAAAUCCCAAGACUGGAGAAAAUUAAUGCUAUUGUGUUAUCCUUCUACCCAACCAUCUGCCCAUUCUUACUCAUGAGGAAUAAUAAAAUCAUUUUGCAAUAUACUUCAUCCUUUUGUGUACUGAGAAGUACAUGUAUUCAAAAUGCACUCAGUAGCUGA